UCAUUUUGGUUCUCUAGCUAAAACGUGAAAACAAGAUGGCUGCUCCAAUUAGAAGUAAUGUUAUGUCACCUUUCAGACAUAAGGCCAUAUUUUCAGCUCUAUGUGGACGUCUGACACAGCUAAGGAACUAUUCACAGGCCUUGAUAGACCAUGAAGCAAAUGAUAUAUCAACAGGAUCAGAAAUGCCAUUUAUGGUUCCCCCGCAAGUCGUGCGUAAAGGGUUCGAGGUCCAUCCAACACCUCGGACAUUCACAUUGAGACCUGACGAAAAAAUGAAAUGGUUGACUAAAACCUAUUUGACUGAAGGCCUCCCAGAUGAAUUAUCGAGUACUGAUUGUGAUAAAGAAAGCAUUAAUUUUGUCAAAGAUUGCCUCCACCAAAUUUUUGGCUUUCAAGUACACCCUCACCGGCCUAGCAACACAUUCUUCGAGGAGGAACUUUCCCUUGGACUAUUGCAACAAAUGAUGCAAGUUGCCAUGAUGACUAGCCCAGAAAACAGCCAAGAUUUGUUUAUUCAUAGAAGGCCGCUCAUUGAAACCAACUGGUUCAGGAAUUAUGUGUUUUAUCAUGCAAAAUACCACCCAUCCUUCGCUCUUAGAGUUAGUGACAAACUGCCAGCAAUGAAGUCGACAUUCCCUUUGCCAAUAGAUGAGUUUCCUUUGUCAAUGCCUGGUCCAUUUGAUACCUACUCCAUCGGUGCCUACGAAAAGAGCAUAAUCCGACUGAGAAACAGCACAGGAGUAAGGCACACAGAGCACUUCACAAAAAGGCAUUUGCAUACAGUCAUGCAGAUUAACUCGCAGAUCAAAGGGGAAGAUUUCUUCCAAGCAUGUGGCCUAGCCACUUCAUUUACUAAUCUUCUUGCAAUUGCUCAUGACCAUGGGCAUCAUCAAGGAUUACCUUUAAAAGAGCCUUUAAAUUGCAACUGCAUCAUCUCAAAUGGUGUUUCCAUGUUGUUCAUGGUAUACCAGUUAAAUACCACUGAAAUGAACGAUGACAAGGGUAUAUGGAACCGAGCUUGGUGUUCACCUUUGAUGCCUCUAUUUACUCCCAAAGAUGGUCUCCCAACAAAAAGACAAUUACAUGAAAUAGCAGAUACAGACAAACUUCUUAAUUUCAAUGAAGAUGCAGUUGCACUGUUCUUAAAACUUUUACACAGAUAAGUAUAUCUUUAAAUUGUAGCAUCAGUUUAUUGGCUUCAAUAAUUAGUUCAUUUAAAGAUGUUUACUAUUCGUAUGGUGUGGUUCCUUUAUAAAUUUGUUGUUACUAUAUCAUUUUUUAUGUGAUUUUAAA